ACCUCUCCCGCCCACCCCUCCAGUGGCGGCAACUGACUGAGGCUGAAGCCGACACGAGCCGAGCUGGGCGUCGCGGGGAUUCGAGUCACUUGACGGCCGAUUCAACUGACAAACUCUGCCGAGAUGUCCGACGACGAACAGGAGCAGACCAUUGCCGAUGACCUGGUGGUCACCAAGUACAAGAUGGGGGGCGACAUUGCCAAUCAGGCCCUGCGUCUGGUGAUGGAAGCAGCCAAGCCCGGCAUGUCGGUGUUGAGCCUCUGCGAAAAGGGUGACGCCUACAUCAUGGCAGAAACCGGAAAGGUCUUCAAGAAGGAGAAGGACAUGAAGAAAGGCAUUGCCUUCCCCACCAGCGUGUCUGUCAAUAACUGCGUUUGCCACUUCUCCCCGCUGAAGAGCGAUCCCGACUACACGCUGAAAGAUGGAGAUCUGGUGAAAAUUGACCUGGGUGUUCACGUGGACGGCUUCAUUGCCAACGUUGCACACAGUUUUGUGGUGGCAGCCACUAAGGAGAACCCGGUCACGGGCCGCAAAGCCGAUGUGGUCAAAGCAGCCCAUCUGUGUGCGGAAGCUGCUCUUCGCCUGGUCAAGCCUGGUAACCAGAACAUUCAGGUGACAGAGGCCUGGAAUAAGAUAUCCCAGUCGUUCAAAUGCUCACCGAUCGAGGGUAUGCUGUCUCAUCAGCUGAAGCAGCAUGUUAUUGAUGGAGAGAAGACCAUCAUUCAGAACCCCACAGACCAGCAAAGAAAGGACCACGAGAAGGCGGAGUUUGAGGUGCAUGAAGUUUACGCCGUGGACGUCUUGGUCAGCACGGGCGAAGGGAAGGCCAGAGACGGAGGUCUGAGGACCACCAUUUACAAGCGGGACCCCAGCAAGCAGUACGGCCUGAAGAUGAAGACGUCCCGUACUUUCUUCAGCGAAGUCGAGCGGCGCUUCGACGCCAUGCCCUUCACCCUCAGAGCGUUCGAGGACGAGGCCAAAGCGCGGCUGGGAGUGGUGGAAUGUGCCAAGCACGACUUGCUGCAGCCCUUCAGCGUCCUCCAUGAGAAAGAAGGAGAGUUGGUAGCUCAGUUUAAGUUCACAGUGCUGCUGAUGGCCAACGGCCCUCACAGAAUCACCAGCGGCCCCUUUGAGCCCGAGUUCUACAAGUCGGAGCAUGAGGUCCAGGACCCAGAGCUAAGGACUUUACUACAGAGCUCUGCAAGCCGGAAAACACAAAAGAAGAAGAAAAAGAAGGCCUCAAAGACGGCGGAAAACGCCGCCGGACAGACCAGUGAGGAAACGGAAGCGGCGGAAUGAAUACGGUACCGCCUUCGUGCCCAUGCAAGGAGACCCCAAAGAGAAGCAAGACCCCCUCCCUCCUCCCCCCAACAGUCCUCUAGUCAUUCUGAUCUUUCACAAUUUGGCCAACAAGCAGUAGGGGGCCUCGAGUAAAUAUUUCAUGAGAGACAUGGUCAACUGCUGAAUCAUGCUACUGCACCAACUGCAAUUGACCCCCUCCCCCACCACACACACCAUACUGUAAUUCCAGCAGAAGUAUUCCCUCCAUGACGUUGGCCACACCUUGGAACAUGACAUAAGUCAUCUUAGUCAAAUGAUGCACCGAUCACAGCUACUGAUGAACAUCCUGGGAAAGUAGUCAGUCAUCUACGUAGAGUUCCACGAGGUGUUUGGAGAGUCACGCAACCUGGCCGUCAUCCUGCCUGGACCGCUUUUGGGGGUUUUCUGGAAGAAUAACUGCGAACAAGCUGUUAAGGGAACAAACGCUAAAUUUACUGCCAUGACCUCCGUGACGAGAGAAGCCGUCAGGGUUUGAUGCUUCUCCAGCGAUCAUCUCACAUUGGAGGAGUUGUGGGUUCAGGUGUGCAGUGCAGCUCAUUUAGUGGGCAAAAACGACUUUUCAAGAAACCACAAUAAACCUUUUCAUACUCCUUUGUUUUCAAUAAAGGCGCAUUUAUGCCUAA